GAGAGGAAGCUGUGUGCCCACCCCCGGAUUGAGAUCUACAAGGAGGACCGCAUCUACUUCGUGUGUCCCCUGGCCCGCCAAGGGGACUUUUAUGUGCCUGAAAUGAAAGAACUGGAGAGGAAGAGCAGGGCUGCUGCAGCUGAGGCCGAGGAUGCCCAGACAGACAUCACAGGGGCCGACACCAUGAGCGAGACAAGCUCCAUCAGCAUCGAGGCCACUACCGACAGCAGGGACACCUCGGUGGCCACCUCCAUCCUGCUGCCCUUCCCUGCCAGCCGUGGCCGGGAGGAGGGGGACAACCGCAGUGAGCAUAGCUACAGCGAGUCAGGAGCCAGCGGCUCCUCCUUUGAGGAGCUGGACCUGGAGGUCACUGGGGAUGGGGAUGGAGCCCAGGGCCUGCUGCUGCCUGACACGGGCUAUGCAGGCAACCAGGAGGUCGCAGACAAGUGGACCAAGGAGCCCAUCGCUGCCGAGAGAGGAGAAGAGUGA